CAUAUCGUGGGCGUGGCCAGUUGCACUCCGGCUGCCGAGACCGGGAGCUAGCGUGCAGCAGCGUCCAUUAGCAGUAACGACAGCACGAGCAGGACUGCAACAUUGUCAUCUGUUGCAGAGAAGCCCUUUUUUAACACUGCUGUUUACUGGAUAUAAGAAGUCACCACGGCCUCAAGAAUAAUGCCUCCCCCCAUGCGGCACCGCUCCAUGCGUGUCUUCAUGAAUGAUGACCGCCAUGUCAUGGCCAAACACUCUGUCAUCUACCCGACGCAGGAGGAACUGGAAAGCGUACAGAACAUGGUAUCCCACACAGAGCGGGCCCUCAAGGCCGUCUCUGACUGGCUGGAUAAGCAAGAGAAGGGGACUUCGAAGUCAGACUCCGAUAGCGCAGACACCGAUAAGGAAAGUGAGCACAAAGAUCAGGCCACUCGAUCCCUGCGUGGCGUAAUGAGGGUGGGCCUGGUUGCCAAGGGCCUGCUACUGAAGGGGGACCUAGACCUGGAGCUGGUGCUCCUCUGUAAGGACAAGCCUACCAUCAAUCUGUUGAAGAAAGUGUCUGAAAACCUUGUUACACAGCUAAAGGCAACAGAAGAAAAAUAUGUGGUGUCCCAGCACAUCCGUGAGGCCAGUAUUGUUAUCAAGAACACCAAGGAGCCCCCUCUCACCCUCACCAUACACCUGACUUCCCCUUUGGUUCGUGAGGAGAUUGAGAGGGCUGCUGCUGGAGAAUCGCUUUCAGUCAACGAUCCCCCGGAUGUUCUGGACAGGCAGAAAUGCCUAACUGCCUUGGCGUCUCUCCGCCACGCUAAGUGGUUCCAGGCGAGAGCCAACGGGCUGCGCUCCUGUGUUAUCGUCAUCCGGAUCCUAAGGGACCUGUGUGCCCGCGUCCCCACGUGGGCCCCGCUUCGUGGCUGGCCACUGGAGCUGAUCUGUGAGAAAGCCAUUGGCACAGGGAACCGGCCCAUGGGGGCAGGAGAAGCUCUGCGGAGAGUUUUAGAGUGUCUGGCUUCGGGAAUCCUCAUGGCAGAUGGUGCUGGUAUCUCUGAUCCAUGUGAAAAGGAGGCCACAGAUGCUAUUGGUCACUUGGACCACCAGCAGAGAGAAGAUAUCACAGCAAGUGCACAACAUGCCUUAAGGCUGUCAGCUUUCGGACAGCUUCACAAAGUGCUCGGAAUGGACCCCCUUCCCUCUAAAAUGCCCAAGAAACCUCGUAGUGAGACUCCCAUUGAUUACACAGUGCAAAUCCCACCUAGUACGGCGUACGCCCCACCAAUGAAAAGGCCCAUAGAAGAAGAGGAGGGAACAGAUGACAAGAGUCCAAAUAAGAAAAAGAAAAAGCUCCAGAAGAAAUCUCCAGAGGAGAAGGCUGAGCCUCCCCAGGCUAUGAACGCUCUGAUGAGGCUCAAUCAGCUAAAGCCAGGUCUUCAGUACAAACUGGUAUCUCAGACUGGCCCAGUUCAUGUUCCGGUCUUCACUAUGGCUGUAGAAGUGGAUGGCACGACCUUUGAGGCUUCUGGUCCAUCCAAGCGCACUGCCAAGCUGCAUGUAGCUGUAAAGGUCCUCCAGGACAUGGGCCUACCCACAGGAGUGGAACUAAAGACUGCUGAGCCGGUAAAAUCAGAGGAGGCGGUAGUAGCUGCCAAUGUGGAAGAAUUGAGGCCAGUAGUCACACCCAUUGAAUCCACCACUGCUGCCACAGGAGCAGCCAACACAGACACCACUGAUGCUGUAGAGACUGCUCGCCAACAGGGACCAAUCCUGACUAAACACGGCAAGAAUCCUGUGAUGGAGCUGAAUGAGAAGCGCCGUGGGCUAAAGUACGAGCUCAUUUCGGAGACCGGCGGCAGCCACGACAAACGCUUCGUCAUGGAGGUGGAGAUUGAUGGCCAGAAGUUUCAGGGGACAGGAUCCAAUAAGAAAGUGGCCAAGGCUUACGCUGCCCUGGCUGCAUUGGAGCGGCUCUUCCCUGAGGGCUCUGUGGCUGAGGCUGCCAAAAAGAAAAAGGGACCACCCAUGCACACUCCAGGCUUUGGCAUGAUGGGAGCUUCUGGAGUGGGAGACGGGGCUACGCCCAGGGGCAGAGGACGAGGUGGACGGGGACGUGGAAGGGGCAGGGGCUUCAAUAACGGAGGAGGCUACGGCCAAGGAGGUGGAUUCGGAACAUAUGGUUACGGGAACAGUGCUAACUCCGGAUACAAUUACUACAACAAUGGUGGUACAAAUGGAGGAGCCGGGGCAUCAAGCAGCCCAUCAGGUGGCCCUCCAGCCAGCACAGCACCAGGAUCAGCACAGGGCUCCUAUGGUUCAUACUACCAGAGUGACGGAGCCUACAGUGGCACUUCUGCAGCCAAAGCCCCCAAAAAGAAACCCCCCAUGCACAAGGGGGGGAAGCCACCUUUUCCGGGUCCCCCAGGGGCUAACACUGGAUCUGCAGGCGGGUACCAGUCCAACAGCCCCCCAGGGCAGGGCUCUUAUAGCCAGUAUGGCCAGGGCUAUGGGCAGGGAAAGAAGAGUUUCAACCAGAACCAGGGGGGGACAGGUGGAUACUCAUACAGCACUGCCUACCCGAGCCAGGUGACGGGGGGUGCUGGAGGUAGCCAAGACUACAGUUAUGAAGGUUUCAACAACCAGUCCAACUACAACUCACAGGGAGGAGGAGGAGGAGGUGGGGGAGGAGGAGGAGGAGGCGGCGGAGGCGGCAAUAACCAGGGCUUCGGCACCAACCACUCUCAGUACCACAACCCAGUGGGCUACGGCAGGGGAGACAGCAGCAUGAAUUACCAGUACAGAUAGACUGUAUCACACCGUCUGUGAAUCAUUGGCACCAAGCAUCCUGCAUCAGUGUCUCAAGCCUUCUCCAAAGAAAGUGAUUGACGGCUUGCCAGUGCUCUCUGCCUUUUCCAUGUUUGCUUCUUAUGUGCUUUUUGGGUUUCUAUGUGGCACAUGUGGGCACAAAUUGAGAUGUCUGGACUUUGUAAGUGUCAGAGCUGAGUGUUGGCUGAAUUUAGUGGUCUGUUUCAGUGGUCUGGUCAGUGCUUAGUCUUGUGUUUUUCAGUUAUUCUUAUUUUUGUUUUUAAUCUUUGCUACCAGUCCUCAUCCUCAUCACUAAAUACGAAGGCUGAUGCUACAGAUUCCUCACUCACUAGCUCUGAUUUGGUUUCCUUUUCUUAUAAAGAGUUGUGUGGUGAACGCAUUUCUUUCUCAUGUGAAACUAGUAAAAUCUUGUAGUUUUAAACUACAAAGGUUGUUGUAUUUUUUGUAACAAUUCAAUAGACCAGAAUAGCUUGUUCUUUUUUGCAUUGCGUGUAAUUUUCAGCUUAUUUUGUAAUAGUGUAAUAGUUAUUUUAAUAAAUGGUUUUGGAGAUUACUGGAAACACAUUUUACGUUCUGAUGUUAUAUCCACAUUUCUGCUCAAUGUAGCUUUUUGAUUGGGUGGGAUUUGUUCCUGUUAAUGUAUAACAAACUGUGUUUCUAUUAAUAAAUGAGUUUUAUUUUAAA